AUGAGAGGCAUUCCUCUAAGAUGUACCAUUUGCCACCAAACUGGCCACAACAAAGCCAUAUGCCCAAGUAAGCCAACUCCAGCUCCAAGCACAGCAAGUCCAAUUCAUUCCACUCCAGAUUCAAGCACAGCAGGUCCAAGUCAUUCAACUCCAGCUCCUGUCAAGAGAACUCUUGUGAAGAAAGCUCAUGUGAAGAAGGCUCCUGUGAAGAAGGGUCCUGUGAAGAGAGGUCCUAUGAAGAAGGUUCCUUUGAAUGAUGCUGGUAGGGUGAGAAAGUCUUCAGAAAGAAUCACAGAAAUUGGUCUUCAGAAAAAUGUUAAAGUCAAGGAUGGAACUGGAUGCAGCCAAGACAAACCUGUGACCUUAGAGUAA